AUGGUUGCACAAAAAUCUAAUAGAGUCUUUAUCAAAAUGGAAACACCAAAGCUUGCCCUUCUCACAGUCAUGUCGUAUGAUCGCUACGUGUCCAUCUGCAAACCCCUGCACUACGGGACCCUCCUGGGCAGCAGAGCUUGUGCCCACAUGGCAGCAGCUGCCUGGGCCAGUGCCUUUCUCUACGCUGUCAUGCACACAGUCAAUACAUUUUCCCUGCCCCUGUGCUAUGGCAAUGCCUUAGGCCAGUUCUUCUGUGAAAUUCCUCAGAUCCUCAAGCUCUCCUGCUCCAAUUCCUACCUCAGGGAACUUGGGCUUCUCAUAGUUUGUACUUUUUUGUUAGUUGGUUGUUUUGUGUUCAUUGUUUUCUCCUAUGUGCAGAUCUUCAGGGCUGUACUGAGGAUCCCCUCUGAGCAGGGACGCUACAAAGCCUUUUCCACCUGUCUCCCUCACCUGGCCGUGCUCUUCCUGUUUAUCAGCACUGCAGUAUUUGCCUACCUGAAGCCCCCCUCCAUGUCCUCCCCAUCCCUGGAUCUGGCCCUGUCAGUUUUGUACUCGGUGGUGCCUCCUGCCCUGAACCCCCUCAUCUACAGCCUGAGGAACCAGGAGCUCAAGGAUGCCCUGAGGACAAAGAUGACUGGGUACUUUUCAGAAGCAAAGAAGUGA